AUGUCCGUCUCAGCUUCUUCUCCUCUAAUAAUAAUAUCAGCAUUAAACCUUACACCAGACAAAAAGUGGGAUCUUCUUUUUGAUGUAGACCGCGCUUUAGAAAUUCCAAUAGAGGUUUUUAACGAAGAUUGGAUACGGUCAUCUAAUAUAUAUUCUGUGAUAAUUAAAGUUUUUUGGAUAGCUUCUUCAAAUGUAGUUCAAGUAGAAAGACAUAAAAAUUCCUCUAACCACACUCAUUCUUUAUCAGAAAUUGAUAGGUUAAAAUGGCCAAAAGCUAUUAGAAGUUUAGUUGAAAUAGAAGCGGCUAAAAAUUAUUCAGCUCCAACAAUCACAUCUGCUGUCAAGAAAUACGCAAUAUUGGAGUUAGAUACGAUUGGCAUCUAUUUACUCUUUACGUCCAGGAUAUCUAUAGAUGUUGGAGCAUAG